AUGCCUUAUAAAUCUCGUUGGACAAUUGAUGUCCCCCACACGCAUCUCGCGUCCUUGUUGUUGACCUCCCCGACGGCGCCCCUUUCUCGACAGAAGCCAUGUUUUCUCGACGCCGCCCGUCCAGAUACUCAUUACUUCACACCUCAUGAUUUUCGUCUGUGGAGCCAGCGCUUUGCGGCAGGGCUACGGAAAGCCGGUCUCCAACGAGGCGAUCGCGUACUGCUCUUUUCCGGGAACGACCUCUUCUUCCCGGUCGUUUUCAUGGGGAUCAUCAUGGCCGGCGGCAUCUUCACCGGGGCAAACCCGACCUAUGUGGCUCGGGAAUUGGCUUACCAACUAGAAGACAGCGGUGCUCUGUUCUUGAUCUGCGCCGCCGGAAGUCUGGAUACAGGUGUCGAAGCUGCGAAGAUGGCCGGCUUGGGAAAGGACAAGGUGUUUGUCUUUGACAAUGCAAUCUUUGACGGACGUGGAGAUGGACAGAAUGGAUGUCCGUACUGGGGCCAGCUGGUGGCAUCGCCGCAAGAAGGUCACGGAUUUGCCUGGGAAGAACUCAAUACCCCCGAGUUGGCCGAUACCACUCUCGCGCUCAACUAUUCAUCCGGGACGACGGGUCGCCCCAAGGGUGUCGAGAUUACACAUAAAAACUAUGUGUCAAACAUGCUGCAGUACACAUACAUGAGCACUUUUUACCCGGAUUAUGAGGCACGACGAGCCCGCGCGCGUUGGCUCUGCUUCCUGCCUAUGUAUCAUGCCAUGGCCCAGAACAUCUUCAUCGCCGCGGCCUUGCAGCGCGAGACGCCCGUAUACAUCAUGCCGAAAUUCGACUUUAUUCAGAUGUUGGAGUAUACGCAAAAGUACCGCAUCACCGAUUUCAUCCUGGUGCCGCCGGUGGUGGUUGCCUUGGCCAAGCAUCCUGCAGUGAAGAAGUAUGAUUUGAGCAGUGUCGAGAGUGUGGCCAGCGGCGCCGCACCCCUGGGCAGAGAGGUUUGCAUCGAAGUAGAAAGACUGUGGCCGGAAGGAAAAAUCAACAUCAAGCAGGGGUGGGGAAUGACCGAGGCGACCUGCUCCAUCCUGGGAUGGGACCCCCGUGAAUCAAGUACGUCUGCAUCGGUCGGCGAGCUCAACGCCAACUGUGAAGCCAAGAUCAUAGCAGACGAUGGUGUCACAGAGAUUACGGAGCGAAAUAAGCGAGGUGAGCUGUGGGUGCGCGGACAAAACGUCAUGAAAGGUUAUUGGCGUAACGAGAAAGCGACCAAGGAGACAAAGACCGAGGAUGGAUGGCUUCGAACUGGAGAUAUUGCAUAUGUCGAUAACAAUGGCAAAUUCCACGUUGUAGAUCGUUUGAAGGAAUUGAUCAAGGUCAAGGGUAAUCAGGUCGCCCCUGCCGAGUUGGAGGCAUUGCUUCUCGACCACCCAGCCGUGGCAGACGUGGCGGUGAUUGGUGUAACUGUGAACAACGACGAGCGCCCUCGAGCAUACAUUGUGCUCAAGCCUGGUCAUUCGGCAACCGCCGAAGAUAUUGUGAAAUUCAUGGAAGGCAAAGUCUCUGCCACCAAGCGCAUCACCGGAGGUGUUGUGUUCUGUGAGGCUAUACCUAAGAAUCCCUCCGGUAAGAUUCUGCGUAAGAUGCUCCGCGAUCAGGCUGCAGAGGAAGUCAAGAGAGCAAAUGCCACUGCCAAGCUGUAG